CGUUUGUGAUUCCGCUUCGAUGCUUUUACUAUACCACCUAAUUUAUGUUGAUUUGCAAUUUGCUUUCUGGAAGAGUGUUGUAGCUAGUGGAUGACAAAAAACUUUUUUUUGUUGGUGAGGAAACAGCUGUUUCUCGAUCCUGUUUGUCAAGCAAGGAUUCCUGCUCCUGUUUAGUGUAGUAGAAAAAUAAAACAAGAAAAAUGCAACCUUCUCCUACACCCUCCAAUGGUGUUCGGGGAUCGAUCGUCAACACCGAAACCGAUGGUUCCCGAUUGAGCAUCAUUGCGAAGCAACCGUUGGACUUCCUAACUCGCACCGACGAGGGAAAUUUCACGGUAACCAAUUCCGACCUCAUCUGGAGUGGAAUGUCAAUCCUGAGCCGUAUUAUCAGCAUAGCCCUGAACAUCAAUCUCGCCUACGAUUACUAUCGGAAGGGAAAAAUGGAUUAUUUCAUCUGGACCACUUGUGGCAUUCUGAUUCCCGGUGUAGUAACCGUGACGCUGACAACUUAUAUGUAUAUUCAGGACAUGAAAGAGCAUAAGCGAACGGAGCGGAGAUGUUGUGAAAUGCUGUUUUUCGUCAUCAUAGUGCCGUUCUUGUUUCGCUACUGUCAAUCACUGGCUUACGCAAUACAAAGCAGGAAUGCGAAAAAACGGAACGAUCGUGAAAACCAGAAAAAGUAUUACGAAUUUAUGAUUCAGGAAGACAGUGACGUAGCAUUGGUAAGAAUAUUCGAAUGCCUGCUGGAGGCAGCUCCGCAGAAGAUCCUACAGCUGACGAUCGUCCUGUCCGGUGAAGACCGUAUGACCUAUCCGCAGUUGCUUGCCAUUCUGGGCUCGAUCAUCGGGAUUGCCUGGUGUAUGGCAUCGUAUUAUCGCUGCAUUCGAUUCUCCCAACCGGACAAGCGGCACAUCUCGUGGCUGGGCACCAUCUCGCAAAUACUCUGGCAUUUUUCGGUGACGAUUUCACGCGUGCUGGCCAUUGCCAUUGUCGCCAGCGUGUUUCCAACGUAUAUGCUGAUCGCCUGCUCGGUACACUCGUUCGCCAUGACACUGUGGAUAUUGUUUUUCGAUCGGUCACCGUUUUGCAGUAGCACCAUGUUGCACAGCUUUCUGUUUUCGUUGGUUCUUGGAAUGGUGUUCAUCUUUACCUACAUUUUGCCGAGAGUUGGACGAACGUUCUAUCGGUACUUUUUCUACUACAGUCUCUGUGGAGUGGAAAACAUCGUCUGCGUCGUCGUGUAUUUCUACUACGUUAAUAAUCCGACCAUCAAAAAUACUUACUACCUCCCACUACUGGCCUUGGCAUCGAUUGUACCGUUCCUGUUUGGAAUUUUCUGCAUGAUUUGCUACUAUACACACUUCCAUCCAAAUAAACUGUCCCGAAAGCAACCGAUCGGACCUGCUAGCGAUGCAAGCGAGAGCAGUGCAUCGUCGGCGAACGGGGAUCAGACGCAGAGUUGUGCGGCACCGACUGCCAACCGAUACCACCAAUGACGGACCGUUUCGUUAAAAAGUGUCCCCACAUAAUAAGUGAUUGCUUUUGGUAUUAAUAGGUUAAUGUAGUUUGUAAGUGUACAGUGUUCCAGCCGAAAAGUUAUUCCAAACUUCACCAGUUUUUGUGUGUGUUGCGUGUCUGUGAUUGUACUGUUUUUGUUUUCAAUUGACAAUUUUUUGUUGACGCUACGAGAAAUGCAGACUGAACCCGCAUCAGAUGACAAGAUAUGUAGAAAAUAUUUCUAUUUUGAAUACUCGUUUACAUUUUGCAAUAUAGCGAUGUAUACAUAUCGAUAAA